GGGGGAGCAGGGGCGGCCAUGGAGCGGGGCCGGCGGGGCCGCGGCCGUGGAGCGGUUCCGCCGGGAGUACGCGCGGCUGUGUGCGGCGGCGGGCGCGGCCCCGCAGGAGGCCGUGCUGCGGCGGCUGCGGGAGCCCGGCGGGGCGCGGGCCCGCCUGGACCUGACGGCGCAGAGCCUGUCGCUGCAGACGUGCGGCGCGCUGGGCCGGCUGCUGCCCGGGGCCGCGCCCUUCGCCGCGCUGUCGCUCGGCGACUGCGGCCUGAGCGAGGAAGGUGUAAAACUUCUGUUGCAUGGUCUUUGCUCCAACACCACAGUCAAAUCUUUGGAUCUGAAGAAUCACCAUUUUCUGUCCCAUUGUGGCCCAUGAUGAUCCUGUGCUAUCCUGUGAUUUUUGCAAGCUCUUGGUCAUGGUGCCUCACAAGACCAGAGGGAAAUAACCUACGAACUGUGGGAGCCGAGGCUUUGGGAAAACUUCUUAGGCAGAACAAAUCCAUCCGGAGCCUAACCUUGGAAUGGAACAGCCUUGGCAUGUGGGAGGAAGGCUUCUCCUUUUUCUGCCAAGGACUGGGAGCAAACAACUUUCUCCAGCGGCUGGAUCUGCGCAAUAACCAGAUUAACCAUCAAGGGGCUGGAGAGCUGGCUGUGGCACUGACACAAAAUGCCAGUCUUCAGGAGCUGGAUUUGCGAUGGAAUAAUAUUGGGCUUCUGGGUGGCCGAGCUUUGCUGAACUGCCUGCACAGAAACAAGUCACUGAAGAGGCUGGAGCUGGCAGGGAACAAUGUUCCUGGCGACAUCUUGAAAGCUGUGGAACAAGCCUUGGAUCACAACCAAGACCGUGAGGCUAUCCUGAGUAAGGCCCAGAACCAAGUGUACAUCCUCAACAAGGAGGUCUUGAAUCUGAAGGAUGAGAAGAACAAGCAGUUCUUGGAUUUUAUGGACACUGUAGACAAGCAGAAAGAAGAAAAAGCCAAGAGUGAGAGAGUGUCCGCAGCACGAGUCAGCCAACUGCAGGAAGCAUUGGAUGAGCAGCACUCCAUUAUGAAUUCACUGAAAGCCAAGCUGCAGAUGACUGAAGCUGCCCUGGCUCUGUCUGAGCAGAAGGUGCACAACUUGGGAGAGCUGCUGAAUGCCAUGAAACAGGAACAAACCAGUGUGGCUGAGUGCCACUUUAGGGAGCUCCAGCAACAAAAACAGGAAAGUGCUGAUCGAGAAGGCAAGCUUUUGCAUGACUUGUCUGCUGCCAGUGAGAAAAAUCUGCUGCUGAGAAACCAGGUGGAUGAGUUGGAGAGGAAGUGCAAAGUUCAGCAGGAUCAGCUGUUCCAGGUAAAACAAGACUUGGCCACCACAACUGCAGAGCUGAAGCUUCGGGCUGUGCAGGCUGAGGAACGUCUGGAAAUGGAGAAGAGAAGAUUUAAACAAAGCCUUGAAGACAUGGAAUCCCUUCGGGUAAAAGAGGUGGAUCAUAUGACACAGCACAUUGAGGCCAGUGAACGUUCCAUGCAGGACAGGAUCCAGAGGCUGGAGACCAUCAGGAUAUCUCUGGAGGAGGAGCUGAGCCAAGUCAAAGCAGCUGCACUUGCUGAGCGAGGCCAAGCAGAGGAGGAGUUACUAAAAGCCCGGAGUCAGGCCUGCUUGGAGGAGCAGCAACGACUUGAACACCUAGAAGAGAAGCUGCGGCUGAUGACUGAGUCACGGGAUGAAGCUCAGAACUGCUGCCUUAAGCAAAAAGAAAUGGUUGCUGAAGCCCAGGCCAGAGCCAAACAGUUGAGCCUGCAUGCUGAUGGACUCAGGAGGCGGCUGGAGGAACUUCAGCAGGACCUGAACAGUAAGGAAGAGGAGAAAGUGACAGAAGUGAAUAAGGUGAAGGUGGAAUUACAGGAGCAGAUUGGGCACCUGGAAGCUGAACGCACAGCACAGGAUGGGCUGAGAGAGAAGAUUGCAGCUCUGGAAAGACAGCUGAAAGCCCUGUCAAAUAAUCACCGUGAAGCACUGCUGGACAAAGAGGGUGAGGUCUCUCUGCUGCUGGAGAAGCUGAGAAUGAAAGAGGCCGAGAUCUCCAGGGUGAGGGAAGAGGAGGCCCAGCGAGCAAGUUUCUUGCAAAAUGCCAUCAUGGCAUAUGUGCAGGGACCCCCCUUUGGAACCCACAGUUCUAGGAAAUGAGAGCAUGGCUUAAAGGAUCCAAAUACCUGCUGUCAGGAGAGGGUGAGCAACUCAGGUACAGCUCCUUCUUCCUAAACAGGACAGUUUUAUCAGAGCGGGAUGACACAAAGGCUUGCAAACACAGAAAAUUGUUCUCACUCUUUAUAAAUCUUCUUCCUGACCACAUAAAAGGGAGGAGGAAACAACCAUCCAGGCUCGUGGGUCUGAGUGCAUGAUGUGGAGCCCUUCCCCUGAGCUGCCAGUGUUUAAAGUAUUUUCUGUGUCCUUUUACACAGCACCAGCCUGUCAGCACACCCUGUUGCUACUGGGGGGUUGGUUUGUAUGUUCCCUGGCAGAGUCCUUCUGCAGCAUUCGUUUGGAUGCCAGAGCUGUUCACAGUGAAACCUGAUAAAAGGCGACAGCAGUGUUCACAGCUCCCUGUGGGCAGGAGCCAUUUGGGGUCCUGAAACUUCUGGAAGCACCGUAUCUUACACAUCUGUGCUUUUUCACCCAGUGCUUACAGAUGGAAGCAAAGUCUGACAGGGCCCUCUCUGGCUCAUUUACCCUCCCUGCUGUGGCUCUGGCUGUGUUGGUGGGCAGUAGAUUUGCGUUCAGCAUGGACAGAAACAGCUGUGUAGAGGGGCUGCGGUGCAGUGCUGUCCAUGUCCCUGUGGGACAGCUGGGCUUUGGCUGUGGUUCAACUUCUACAACACUGACUGGCAGAGAAGGGGCCAGUGGGUGAUUGGGGGUCAGCAUCUGUGCUUCUUCACUAUGAACUGCAGCCCUUGGCUGAAGAUGUUGUGGCCAAUAUGCAACAGGAUUUGAUUUCACUGUGACAAAUGGCAAAACUGUCCUCAUGGCUUCCCAGGCCCCUGAAGCUGAGUGCUGUGGCCUUACCCUGGAGAGGAGCAAUGCUUCUGUCUCAAAACAGAGGAGUUGCCUCUAAGAGCAUAAAGGGAGAGAAGGUGAUUCCUCUCCUGACAGCACAAGGCCUUGUGUGACCUGGAGAAAGGGAAGGGUUGCAGGAAUCCGAAUUGGAGAAAGAGGCCAGCAGUCUUGAGAGCCUCCUGUGAGUUCCUUCAAUGAGUCUGGGGCAACAAUGAUCUUGCAGUACAUAUUUUAGGAGACAAAUGGAAAAUGAAAGUUUCUGUGUGGACUGGUUGGUUUCUGUUCAUGAUUUUUUAUAUUGGGUUUUGCUCUGCUUUUUUAAUAAAGAGCUUUUGCAUUUUGCCAUAA